GUCAGUGUGACAGUCACAUUUGAGGUUAGGAAUUAUAUUCUUAAUUUUUAUAUGUAAACUUUUAAACAGUUUUUAUAACAAUAAUAAUUAUCAUGUCGAGAAAUAGAAAUGCAAGACAUAGCAAAUCGAAAAUUACGGUUGGCGAGAAGGGGCGCCAAGUACUGGAAAAUAUUGAUGAAAAUAACCGUGUGAUUCAAAUGUUUCUUGGGUUUAGGAAAGAACUUGACGAGAAACAUGAUCGUUACGAAAAAAUUGUAAAGUUGAGUCGAGAUAUUACAAUUGAAAACAAACGCAUCAUUUUCUUGCUACACUCUACAAACACUGACAUAGAAGGGAAGAGACAGGCUGUUUUGGAUGAAGCUUGCAAAAGACUGAAAACGAUAACAGACGAGAAUUUUAAAACUAUAGCUUCAUUGUUGAAAGAUUUUGAUUCUUAUCAAUACCAAAAAGCUUAUACAAGUGGAUUACAAGAAUUCAUUGAAGCUUUGGUUUUUUAUCAGUUCUUACAUUCUAACAAAAUUGAAACUUGGGAGUUUAUCAACAAAUCUUUUCAAUAUGAGCAAGAUGGUGAAAAAUUCUGUCUUUUAUUUCCACAAGUUGAUUUCGUAUUAGGAAUUGCGGAUUUUACUGGGGAGUUAAUGAGACGUUGCAUUAAUAACUUAGGUGUAGGAAACGUAAGCGACUGUUUCAAAACUUGUAAUUUUGUAAAAGACAUCUAUUCCGGGUUUUUGGGCAUUAUAAAUCCAGGCACUAAAGAAAUGGGUCGCAAGAUAUACGUUCUGAAACAAAGUUUGGCGAAAAUGGAACUUGUGUGUUACAAUAUUCAAAUUAGAGGAUCAGAAAUUCCGAAACACAUGUUGGUUAAUGUUAUUGAAUCUAGUGAUAUUAACACUGAAGAAGAUGAAGGGUUUUACUGAGUCUUUUAAUUCAUACAGCAUGUAUUUUAAGUUACAAUUUUUUUAAAUUUGUCACAGCUUUUGAAGCAUAACUAUAAAUAAAAGAUAAAUUAAU